UUCCACCAGUAGUUUGUGUCUCUGCCCCUCCCACAAUGAGGAGAUUCCCCCAGUAGUUUGUGUCUCUGCCCCUCCCACAAUGAGGAGAUUCCCCCAGUAGUUUGUGUCUCUGCCCCUCCCACAAUGGGGAGAUUCCCCCGGUGGUUUGUGUCUCUGCCCCUCCCACAAUGGGGAGAUUCCACCAGUAGUGGUUUGUGUCUCUGUCCCUCCCACAAUGGGGAGAUUCCCCCAGUAGUUUGUAUCUCUGCCCCUCCCACAAUGAGGAGAUUCCCCCAGUAGUUUUUGUGUCUCUGCCCCUCCCACAAUGAGGAGAUUCCCCCAGUAGUUUGUGU